AUGAAGUCAGACCCCGAGAGACUGGUUGUAACGUGUGUACACGAUGCAUGUCUGUGGUCAAUUCGAGCUAUCUACAGCAAAAGGCACAAGCUGUGGAUGAUCACAACAUCUAAGGGUCCCCACACUUGCUCAACACUCCAAGUGGAUCAUGAUGGAAGGAUGAUGGAUUCGAAGUUCAUUGCCAUCACACUUGAGUCAUACGUACGGGAAGACAUUUCAAGAACAGUAGCAACCCUGCGUAGUGUUCUUCAUGCGAAGCACGGCCAUUGGGCGUCUCACUAUAAGGUUUGGGAUGCAAAACAGAAAGCCGUUGCAGCCAUCUACGGUGGUUUCGAUGAGUCAUACGCAGAAUUGCCUCGGUUCCUGGCAGCGUUAAAAGAUGCAGAUCCAACCACAGUGACACAGUUGAAGUGCGACCACCGUAGUGUGCCGGGAACUUGCACAUUUAACUGUGCCUUUUGGGCUUUUGGUCCGUGUAUAGAAGGGUUCAAGUAUUGUAGGCCGGUGAUAAGCAUCGAUGCAACGCACCUCUAUGGCAAGUACAAGGGGAAGUUGUUGAUAGCAAUGGCAACGGAUGCUAACAACGAGGUUUAUCCACUCGCGUUUGCCAUUGUUGAGAGUGAGAGCAAGGAGACAUGGGGAUGGUUCUUGGCAUGCCUGAAACGAUAUGUUAUGGACCGGACAAAUCUUUGCAUCAUCUUUGACCGACAUUCGGGUAUAAAAGCUUGCUUUGAUGACACAAGGAUGACUUGGUUGCAGCCUCCCCAGGCCCAUCACCGGUAUUGCCUCCGCCAUGUAGUUAGCAAUGUGAACACAAAAUGGAAAAUUCCGGAGUUGAAGAACAUGGUAUGGAGGGCCGCAAGCGCGAAUCAAGUUAGAAAGUUUCAGGCCACACUGGAUUUAAUUCGCAAUGUCAAACCGGCUGCACACAGGUACUUGGAAAAUGAAAACAAAGAAAAGUGGACACUUGCACACGACGGAGGGCGUCGAUACGGAGCAAUGACAACCAACCUAUCGGAGUGUUUUAAUGGAGUACUGAAAGGUGCACGCAGCUUGCCAAUCACGGCAAUGGUGAGGUACACCUUCAUCAAAGUGAACUCCUACUUUAACGCUCGUCGUAAUCUCGCUCUAGAGCAAUUGGAAGCGGGUCAAGGACUUCGGUUUCCUCUUCGAUAA